UUCUCGAGCAGCGCACCACAUGUAAUUUUCGUUCGUUUGGUGGUAUCGUUCUGUUCCUUCUGUUAGAUUACGUUAUGUUAUUUUGAUACUUUUAUGUUGAUAUGGCUACGGCAGUUUCAGAAAGCAGUUUAUCAGCCGAAAUCUCAGAAAGCCUGUUACAGUGUCCAAUCUGCCAUUCAGCGUAUGUAAAACCAAAAGUGCUGUCAUGUCAACAUUCUUACUGCGCAAAGUGCUUGAAAGGAUGGCUUCGAACUAAAAGUAAGAAGACCAAUAAAGUGAAAUGUGCGGUUUGUCGCAAGCUUACUGUACUACCGCAACACGGAGUCGAAGGACUGCCGGAAAAUUACGCCAUCAAAGGAUUAUUAGCAAUGCUAAAUCACCGAGAAAAAGAAGUGAAAUCUGACAAAGUAACAACUUCAAAAAAAGGUCUCGUGAAACCUGCCACUAAAACGACACAAAAAGCCAAGCCUAAAACAGCAGCCCCGACAUCUAGUAAGGAAAUUGCGAAGAAAGUUGCUGAAAUGAUGAGCUCAAAAAGCAAUUCGAAACCGAAAAAGGCAGCCAGUUCAAAUACCGAGAAAGGCAAAAAGACAGCAGCUCCUGCAAAACGACAAGAUAAAAAUGCGAAUGUGAUGAGACAAAAAAAGAAAACCGCAGAAGAAAAGCAGCAAACAUCAAGCAGCGACACAUCUAGCAGCGACGAAGAUGAUUCAUCCGAUUCCUCUGAUUACAGUUCUUCCGACGAAGACAGUGAAGAUGGAAGUUGUUCAAGUUAUGAUUCUGAUGAUUCUUAUAGUGAUUUCUACGAGUCGUCAGAUGACGAAGAUGUCCCACCUACACCGACUAUUAAGAUGUAUGGCGAAAUUAAAGUAGGAGUGGAGGUGUACGUCUUCAAUCGUCGUGGAAAAAAAUUCCCUGGAGUUGUGAAGCUUCUCGAGAGUUGUCAACUAAAACAUCUUACUCAACCUCGCAUGUUUGCUGGUGUUGAGCUGGAAAAGAAAAACUCCAGUCUCAUCACUGAAGACAUAGACGAUAUUGACGAUUCCUAUCUUUCAUUCUGGCUAGAGGAAAACGACAAUCCCCGCACUGUUGUCCGUGCAGAUGACUGCUUCCCAGUUUCACUUGUUAAUAGUUUGAUGGACUUUAAGUAGUUCGCAUAUGUUGAUUUUGCAGUAGUAAGAGCAUUGGCUGAAAUUAUGAAUGACGUUCUUGGUCCCAAUGAAUAUAUAUAUAUACUAUAUAGCACCACGUGGUUGUAUCGCAUACUCGUGGCUUGAAGUGUUUUUUGUGAAAAUUAUGAAUGGCAAAUUAAAAAUAAAAACUGGUAUUUGUGUAA